AAAAAUUAAAAAACAUGUCAGUAUUAAAUCAAACAAAAAAUGAGUUUAAGUAACUUAAAUAGAAACCACACGUAGAUUGUAAUUUUACUCUGAAGAUGUAUUGCGUGUUAUAUCAAUUUUUAUUACGUUAUGCGUGUUUCCCUGUUUCGCCGCUGUUUACAGCUCCGUCCGUCUCGAGUUUCCUUCGAGAAAGCCAGUUGCACGUACGCACGUACUCUAGGUGCGUGCCAUGACGACGAGAAACCAGUCUCACGGCGAUUUUUGCGACGAUGAAACGACUACUGUCUUCAAGGAAUCGACAGGGCCGUAUAUGCCUACAUGUCUUACCUGCUUGGCUGGACAAUGACCGUUUAAACGAUGCGUUUGAAUCUCAAUCGACCAUAUACAACUUUUUCUACAAUUUCAAGUCAUUUCGCGGUUUUCAAACGCAACGUUACCGAGUAGAAGUACUAUAUAAAAGGUGUUCUCGAAAAUGCACAAGUAAUUCCUUGAUCAUAAUUCUUAGAAAUGUCGAGGAUAUAUACUCUGUAAUCGUCCUUCCGAUUUUCAGUCAGAUACAGAAAAAAAAGAUGUUUUAUUCGUCCGCGGGACACUUUCUUCGGAACAGCUUCGUGAAUCGUCGGCGAGGUUCGUGAAGGCUCGUGUCGGGGCCCGCUAGGCCCAAUCUGACCGGCACAGUUGCGCGCAUUAUUCCAAACGCGCGUGAUUGUUGUUCGUGACGAUCAAAUAAUCGUCAUUUAUAGUUUAUCAAUGUUUAGAUUAUCAUUCGAGUCACUGUAGCAAUUUGUUAUAAUAGUCUGUCUCCAUUCGUUGGCGUUUGUUGCGAUUGAAUUAUCUUUCCGAACUGAGAGAAUUCAAGGCUAUAGAAUAAACAUAGAUUAUAUUUAUUCGGGGACACAAAAUAACAGGCGUUACUAACAUAGUUCAAUUUAUAGUCACGAUAAUAAUGGUACUAUUUGAAUUUUGUAUUAAAACACCCUUUGAAAACGUUUGCUAUAGAUAGAUUAUGCUAAUACUAUUUUAUAAAAUUUAUCCUACUAUACAUUUAUAGUCACGAUAAUAAUAAUACUAAUGAUUUGAAUUUUGUAUUGAAACACCCUUUAAAAUCGUUUGCUAUAGAUAGAUUAUGCUAAUACUAUUUUAUAAAAUUUAUCCAACUAUACAUUUAUAGUCACGAUAAUAAUACUAAUGAUUUGAAUUUUGUAUUGAAACACCCUUUGAAAUCGUUUUCUAUAGAUAGAUUAUACUUAUAUUAUUUUAUAAAAUUUAUCCAACUGUUCAUUUCGCUAUCGUUUACAUUUCGAAAUCGUUUGCUAUAGAUAGAUUAUGCUUAAAUUAUUUUAUAAAAUUUAUCCAACUGUACAUUUCACGAUGGUAGAUGUUCGUAGAAAUAUAAACACAUUCUUGCUAUCAUAGUUCCUAGAAACCUCGAGGCCAUGACUGAUAAACAUCCUUCCGAUUUUUAAUCGGAAUUUUAAUUAUUACGUAUCCCAAAAAAAAAAAAAAAAAAAAAAAAAUGUUUCUUGGUUUCCCGGGGCACUUUCUUUGAAAUAACUUCGUGAAUCGUCGGUGGCACUCGUGAGGGUUCGUGUCGGGCCCACUCCGACCGCCACCUGUCGCCUUCGAACGGAAUCACGACUAGUCUUUGACAAGGCGCGCGUAUUCUUGACUCGGCCAGCGUGGGAGUAAGGCUGUCCACGAGAGACGCCUGUGAAGGUGGUCGAUCAAUCGCCUUCUUUCGUUUACGUUCAAGUUUCACGUUCGCGAACGUCGAUUCUCUCGAUCGAUCGAUCGUUGUCGUGAUAUAUAAAAUCGCGAGUGAGUGUUAACGAGUUAAAAUCAACGCAAUCUCGGUGCCUAUAUCGCGGAAUUAAACGAAAGAUCGCGAUACCGGCAUCGCUACUAUACGAAUCACAGUGAAAUCGGAGUCAACACGGUGUGCCCGCCGUGAAUUCGCGUUCUGAUUAUCCGCGAUCGCUGUUUGACACCGAAGAAUUCGCGGUACUGAAGGUAUAGUGUAAUACGAUGUAGACUUUGACUCUUCGCGAGUGGAUUGACACAAAGACCUGUCGGGGUGAUACCGGUGAAAUUUUAACCGCACGAUCGCGAUAAGGGAACGUGGUGCGAGUCGGUGGACGUUCCUCGAUGUGAAACUUGGUACCGUUUCCGUUGUUGUCGUCGUUGCAUGCUUCGAAGGGCGUAUAAAAAUUCGGAGUGAAAUUCAGUGCGGUAUUUAUACAGUGUGCGGUGCUAGUGUAGUGGAUAUGCGUCGAUCUUUAUUGUGAGGGUGCCAGAGGAAUUCUUCCUGGAUUGAAAGGCCCUGGAUAAAAGAUGGGACCAGCCAACAUUCUUAGGGUUUGCGUGCUCUUCACGUUGGUGUACGUCCUUAACGCAGACGUCAUCGAAGAAAGAGUUUGCAUCGGAACCAAUGGCCGCCUCUCCGUUCCGUCCAACAAGCAGCAUCACUACCGGAAUCUUCGAGACCGGUACACCAACUGUACUUAUGUCGACGGCAAUCUGGAGAUCACAUGGCUCCAGAACGAGCCAUUCGACCUCAGUUUCCUCCAGUAUAUACGAGAGGUCACCGGUUACGUCCUCAUCAGCCACGUGGAUGUCCGGAAGAUCGUCCUGCCGCGGUUGCAGAUCAUACGCGGCAGAACGCUCUUCAAGCUUACCAUACAUGACACCGAGUUCGCCUUAUUCGUCACGAUGUGUCAAAUGCAGAACUUGGAGAUGCCGGCCCUCAGAGAUAUCCUCAACGGGAGCGUGGGCAUGUACAACAAUUACAACCUUUGCCACAUCCGUACGAUCAACUGGGACGAAAUAAUCACCGGCCAGGGUGGAACGUACUCCUACGUAUACAAUUUCACGUCACCGGAGCGCGUAUGUCCGUCGUGCGACAAGAGCUGCGAGCAGGGCUGCUGGGGCGAGGGUCCCGAGAAUUGUCAGAGGUACUCGAAGACGAACUGUUCGCCCCAGUGCUGGCAGGGCAGGUGCUUCGGGCCCAAUCCGCGAGAGUGUUGCCAUCUUUUUUGCGCCGGUGGCUGCAUGGGCCCCAAACAGAGCGACUGCCUCGCCUGCAAAAACUUCUUCGACGACGGUGUGUGCACGCAGGAAUGCCCGCCCAUGCAAAAGUACAAUCCUACGACGUACUCGUGGGAGGCUAAUCCUGACGGGAAGUACGCGUAUGGUGCAACCUGCGUGAGAAGGUGUCCGGAACACCUUCUGAAAGACAACGGGGCUUGCGUAAGGUCCUGUCCACAGAAGAAGAAAGCGUUGAACGGCGAAUGCGUGCCUUGCGAUGGCCCGUGCCCGAAAACCUGUAAAGGCGUGGAGAAAGUGCACUCUGGCAACAUAGACGACUUCAAAGACUGCACGAUCAUCGAGGGAUCGAUCACCAUACUGGACCAGAGCUUCCAAGGCUUCCAACACGUCUACUCCAACUUCAGUUUUGGCAAACGCUACGAGAACAUGCAUCCCGACAGGUUGGAGGUGUUCAGCACUCUAAAGGAGAUCACCGGAUUCCUGAACAUCCAAGGGGAUCACAAGGACUUCAAGAACCUCUCGUACUUCCGGAACCUCGAGUUCAUAGGUGGAAGAACCCUGACGGAGUAUUUCGCGUCUUUGUACAUCGUGAAGACGUCGCUCGUGUCGUUCGGUCUCAGCUCCCUCAAGAAAAUUUACUCCGGGUCCAUCGCCAUUUUGGAGAACAAGAAUCUCUGUUACGCGCAAAGCAUCAACUGGACUAGGAUCAAGAAGUCGUCGGAGCACGAGUGUUUGUUGUCUAAUAAUAGGAACGAAAGCGAAUGCAUAAGAGAUGGAUUGGUCUGCGACGAGCAGUGUUCCGAAGAGGGUUGUUGGGGUCACGGACCAGCGCAGUGUCUGUCCUGCAAGAACUUCAUAUUAGGGAACGAUUGUCUCCAAGACUGCACCGCGCCAGGAAUUUACCAGGCCGAUGAAAAGACCUGCAAGUUGUGUCACGACGAGUGCGACGGUUCUUGCACCGGUCCAAACGCGGAGCACUGCACAAAAUGCAAACACGCGCUAGACGGUCCGUUCUGCGUGCCCGAGUGUCCAUCCUCCAAGUAUAACGACAACGGCGUGUGCAAGGACUGCCACGGGAACUGCGUGGGUGGCUGCGAGGGACCCGAGAACAACAUAGGCCCUAAUGGAUGUCACAGCUGCGAUAAGGCGAUCAUGAACGGGAGCGUACCUGAAGGAUGUUUGCAGAAAGGGGAACCCUGUCCAGAUGGACAUUACUACGAGUGGGUGAGUCCUCAAGAGCUAGGAGCCUUGAAGCCUCUGGCAGGAAAGGCAGUCUGUCGGAAGUGCCACCCUCGUUGCAAGAAGUGUACCGGAUACGGUUUCCACGAGCACGUGUGCCAAGAGUGCACCAAAUACAAGAGAGGCGAGCAGUGCGAAGACGAGUGUCCUGCUGAUCAUUUCGCGGACGCAGACACUCAGCUCUGCAUUCCGUGCUUCAGCGAGUGUCGAGGAUGCUUUGGACCGGGCCAGAAUCAAUGCUACAAGUGUCGAAACUACAAAAUCAACGUGGACGAAGAUAUAGAUGGAAACGCUACAUCCUUCAACUGCACGGAGAUCUGUCCUCCCGAGUACCCCCACAAAAUCUUCCCUCCGGACAGCGAGCCGUACUGCUCCCUGGAAUCCGGCAGCGUUAGAUUCUCAGGGGAGAACGAGCUGCAGCCAGCUAUCCUAGCAGGUGUCGUGGUGUUCACUUUACUCUUCAUCAUGGUCGCGGCCGUAAUCAUGUACUUCUGGCGCAUACGCGCGAAAGCAAAGGAAAACACCGUGAAGAUGACGAUGGCGUUGACUGGGUUAGACGACAACGAACCACUACGACCGACAGGCGUGAAGCCGAACCUGGCCAAGUUACGUAUCAUCAAAGAAGAAGAGAUGAGGAAAGGUGGGAUCCUGGGUUACGGAGCUUUCGGAAACGUCUACAAGGGCGUCUGGGUGCCCGAAGGUGAAAACGUCAAGAUCCCGGUGGCCAUAAAGGUCCUUCACGAUGGCACAGGGGCGAACACAUCGAAGGAGUUCCUCGACGAGGCGUACAUCAUGGCCAGCGUGGAACACCCUAACCUUCUUCAAUUGUUAGCCGUUUGCAUGACCUCGCAGAUGAUGCUCGUGACCCAGCUGAUGCCUUUGGGUUGCCUGCUCGACUUCGUGCGCACGUUCAAGGACAAGAUCGGCUCCAAAGCCCUCCUCAAUUGGUGCACGCAGAUCGCCAGAGGAAUGGCCUACCUGGAGGAGAGGAGAUUGGUCCACCGCGACCUGGCUGCGCGAAACGUUCUCGUGCAAACGCCUAAUUGCGUCAAAAUCACCGAUUUCGGUUUAGCCAAGCUUUUGGACAUCAACGAGGAACAGUACAAGGCUGCAGGUGGAAAAAUGCCGAUCAAGUGGCUGGCCCUCGAGUGCAUUCAGCAUCGAGUCUUCACGCACAAGUCGGACGUGUGGGCUUUUGGAGUGACCAUCUGGGAGGUUCUCACCUAUGGUGGCAGACCUUACGAGAACGUGCCAGCUAGGAACGUGCCAGAAUUGUUGGAGAAGGGCGAGAGGUUACCCCAGCCAACGAUCUGCACGAUCGACGUUUACAUGAUCAUGAUCAAGUGCUGGAUGCUGGACGCGGAGUCCAGGCCUAGCUUCAAGGAGCUGGCGGAGGACUUCGCGAAGAUGUCCAGAGACCCUGGUCGAUAUCUUGCCAUCAAGGGCGACAAAUACAUGAGAUUACCUUCGUAUACACUGCAGGACGAAAAGGAGAUGAUACGAAACCUUGCAUCAGCCAUGGACGGUCCCGAGGCGCUAGUGGACGCCGACGAGUACCUUCAGCCGAAAUCCAGGGCUCCUAUUCCACCUGGACUCUCAGCAUCCAGUACUUCCGGUUCUCCACCGAACACCCCCGUGAAAACUUGCUGGCCCAAUGGCAAACCCCUCGCUGCCGACUCUCCAACGCCUCAAAACCAACAGAACUGGGACAGAGAGUUGUUGAGGUACGGAGCGAAUCACAGAAACGGAAACGCGUCACACGAGCCUGGAAAUUCGGGUCAGCACCCGCAUUUCGCGCCUCCCAACGGCCAUUGUGGACAUCCUGUUGGCUCCGACACAUCCAGUUCGAGAUACUGCUCGGAUCCGCUGAAGAUGAUUGGCGUCAGAGAUUGUGACGUGACGGACGAUUGUUUCGAAGGUGAGGUGAACUCUGCACACCAGCAGGCUCAAGUAGGUAACCUGAAGUUAGACUUGCCAUUAGACGAAGACGAUUAUUUGAUGCCAUCGCCGCAAUUGCCGACGAACACGACGCAGUACAUGGAUCUCAUAGGGGACUCGAAACCCACGGAAUUGGAGCCAAAGCGAGUCAACAACGGUUACAGGAAGUACCCAGAGUUCCUGACCAUCCAAGGUAAAACUUCGCUGGACAACCCCGAGUACAUAAUGUCCCAGGACGAGGGACCAUUGACCCCGCAGACUUUAGGUAUUCCAACGCCCGACCUGGAGAAGGUCCUGACGAACGGAACCUUCGGGUCUCAGGUGAGACAAAGGAGUUCCGAGGAGGAAUCUGACCACGAGUACUACAACGACUUCGAUCGCCUGGAACGGGAGCUGCAGCCGCUGAAGCCUCUCAGAAAGAACGAGACCACCGUCUGAGCCCAAGGAUAUCCUACAGGAUGCCAAACGAACUGUCAUUCCAAAACUGGAACCAGAGAGUUGAUGUCGUCCGUUCCGAGGAUCGAUUCGAUCUCGAACUUGACGGACGAAGGGAAACUUCAGAGUACUUAGAGAGGACACUUCGCUCGAGUGCCGUGUUUGAUUGUGAUUAGACGUAAAACGCGAGAACUGUGCUAAUUUCCCAACAAAAUUUCGGGAAAGUAUCUCACACAAGAUAGACUGUUGCGCGUGCGUACGAUGAACAAGUAGUGCAAAGAUAAUCUUAAUGUGCCAUUCGCCGUGGCUUGUAAAUAACGUACUGUCUACCACUUCUGUAGGGCUAACGAGAGUAUAAGGAUCGACUUGCAGUAAAUGGCAUAGAAAAUUCUCUCCCUUACCCUUCUGCCCUUAUUUCGACGGUCCAUGUUCGUUGUCUCACCCUUUUUUUCUAUUGAUGACCAUAGACGUAACGAUUUGUCGUACAAUGACUUGUACGACUAUCGUUGAUGUAACUGUUUGGAGACUCUGUGGAUGUCGUUGCGACUUAUGCUAUUAAUUAAAUGAAGGACAGUAAGACAUAGACUAUGAGGGCUCUAGCUCAGAAGCUUCAGCUUCUAAAGUCUUUAGAAAUUAAUUUGAAAAUACAUGUUGCACCGUUUAGAAGACAAAACAUACUUCCAUUUUAAUCUCAACUCUUUAUUCGAAUCGAUACAAAUAUGAAUUUAUAUAAACAUUCACAGUCUAGUAAUGAUAUUUGGUUUAAAUAAAUCUGUAGACAUUAAGGGACAUAUUUAUGACAAGAAAUUAAAAUUUUAUAUCUUAUUUUUUUCUACUCUAUGUAAAUUUGUAAAAUAGUCAUCUAUGUGCAUUGAAAGUCUAUUUCUUUUACAGUCUAGAGUUCUAGAAAUUAUAUAAAUUUUAGUUGUUGUUACGGGAUUCUAAUUCAGUCGUAACGACUGUCUUACGAUAAAUCGUUGACGUUCAUGGUCUCUAGUUUCUUCACAGAGAACGGACAUUUCUCGUAUUAUCGUACAGUGUCGAACUGCGAACAAAACGAAUUACUCCUGUUACGAAUGUGGACCUCUCUCACUUUCGAAGAAUCGAACUUAUCUCUUCUGUUUCCUCUAAAUUCAUAAUCGUCUCGUGUGCGACGUAUCUGCGCGGUUCGCCGUUGACUGUGAUAAAGAAACGUUCUACUGCUUCUCGAAAAU